AGCAGCAGGGCCUUGCCUUUGUGGUUGCAGAAAGAGAAGAUGGCUCCCGUUCUGGAGAAACAGCUCCCGGGCGCAGCAGGGGCAGGCGACAACAACAGCGAGGAGGAAGAAGGACAAAACCUAUGGACCUCAAUACUGAGUGAAGUUUCAACUACAACGAGUUCAAAGUUGCCAUCAGGAAAAAAUAUCCUGAUAUUUGGUGAGGAUGGAUCAGGAAAAACAGCGCUUAUGGCUAAACUUCAAGGGUCGGAUCACAACAAGAGAGGAAGGGGACUGGAGUAUCUGUACUUAAAUGUCCAUGAUGAAGACCGAGAUGACCUUACUCGCUGCAAUGUGUGGAUCCUGGAUGGAGACCUAUACCACAAAGGCCUACUUAAGUUUGCUGUUUCAGCUCAAUCACUACCUGACUGUCUAGCUGUGUUUGUUGCGGAUAUGUCACGGCCCUGGACCAUUAUGGAGUCACUGCAGAAGUGGGCCAGUGUGCUACGUGACCAUGUGGACAAGCUAAAGAUCCCUCCAGAGGACAUGAGGGAAAUGGAGCAGAAGAUGGUGAAAGCGUUCCAAGAGUACACAGAACCAGAGGACGCCACCCAAUCCUCCCCACAGAGACGGGCCCCAACAGCAGGGGAAGACGAGGCUGUUGUGCUACCACUCGGGGACAACACACUCACACACAACCUGGGCAUUCCAGUGCUUAUAGUUUGCACAAAGUGUGACGCAGUCAGCGUACUAGAGAAGGAGCACGACUACAGAGAGGAGCACUUCGAUUUCAUCCAGUCCCACAUUAGGCAAUUUUGCUUACAGUAUGGAGCUGGCCUGAUCUACACUUCAGUUAAAGAGGAGAAGAACAUGGAUCUGCUUUACAAAUAUAUAGUGCAUAAGAUGUACGAGUUCCAGUUCACCACACCUGCCUUAGUGGUGGAAAAGGAUGCAGUGUUCAUUCCAUCUGGAUGGGAUAAUGAGAAGAAAAUUGGGAUUUUGCAUGAAAACUUAUCAACAGUCAGACCCGAGGAUCCGUUUGAAGUUUUUAUCACGAAGCCUCCAGUACGAAAGCUGGUUCAUGAAAAAGAGAUAAAUGCAGAGGAUGAGCAGGUAUUCCUGAUGAAACAACAGUCUUUGUUAUCAAAGCAGCCGGCUACACCAACAAGAGGAGCAACAGAGUCUCCAGGGCGGACAGCCUCAGGGUCUCCCAGGCCUGCGGGUCGCACCGGCCAAGCCAACGUGACCAGCAGCUCACCUAUGUCUGCUGUCAAAAAGCCUGACCCAAACAUGAAAGCGGGUGCUGCCAAUGAGGGAGUGCUGGCUAACUUCUUCAACAGCCUGCUGAGUAAAAAGACUGGAGCCCCGGGGAGCCCAGGGAGCCCAGGAAGUGGAGCAGUAGGAGCUGGAGUCCAAGGGUCCGCCAAGAAAACAGGGCAGAAGCCGGGUUUGACUGAUGUCCAGGCGGAGUUGGACCGGAUGACUCGCAAACAAGACUCCAUGGUUUCAACGAACAACAUACCAGCGCCCACCGAGAACGAAGCGUGAAGGCAACAAAAACAGCUGCAUCGUCCACUGCGUUAAUACUCUGGAAAUAUACAUGUACAUGUGAGCAUAAAAAAUUGACCAAAUUCCCAAUGUCUAUAUCAGUCAGCACACACAGUGGUUUCACCAAAAUGAGUUUCAGAUGCUAUCCGAUAUUUUGGUGUUCUGGUGUAAUGGGAGGAGAGAGACGGAUAACAGAGAUGAAGGUGUUAAUGAGAUGAUACGGCUUGGCUUUAUUUCUGUCCUCGCUUCUACUGUAAAUGUUAUUCUGUGAGGGAUGUCAGUUUACAGAAAUGAGUGCACACUCCCAACAGGCCCCCCAGUUUCUGGGGUAAAACACCCUCUCCUCAUGGGUUGAAGAUUGUAAAUACACUGGUCAUGUGGCCACUGGUUCAGCUUAUAACACGGAAGGAAUUUGGUUGUGAUUGGAAAGGUAUUUAACUUUUAAAUAUAUUAAUUGAUAAAAGUAAUUGAAAUACUUGCAAACAUAUGUAGUAUGUAAAAAAUGUUGGACAUGAUACUGAUGUAUUUAUACAAAGCUCCUCCUUUUUAUUUUAUUUGGUGCACAGUUUAUGGGGUUAAGGAAGCAUUCAUCUGUAUCGCAUACAUGUGUUAAAAUACCACUGACAUCAUGACACUAAUACGACAAGUCCAAAUGGCUGAUAUCAUAUCAUUUGCCCUAUUCAUCUCGAAGGAUUCUGUAAAUAUAAAUACAAAAAAAACAACUAUUCAGGUUAACUUUGAUUUUGUAUAAAAUGCAAUUCUGUCCAAAAUUAUGAAAUAGGCUGUUUGACUAAAUGAGACUUGUUAGGAUUUGAUGGGCUUAAAGGUUGCAUAGAAACCUUUAGCUACAGGUGUGUAUAUUUGGGGAUGGUGUUGGGCAGCAUCUUUCCUACUAGAACUCCUAAGUGCCUCGCACAGUUAGCGGUUUGUGUCAUAGUGGAGGUGCUCGUCUACACAAGAGGAAAUGCACUGUAGCACCAUCGGCUAAAAGGUUUUUGUCCAUUUCUUGUCAUCCAAAUAAUUUAUUUCUUUUUACAUUUUUGUUAAUGUACAACAAGCCUAUGGUCUGUUAAUUUUCAGAAGAAAAAAAAGAUUUCUGUGGCCUAGUUGAUAGUAUUCAAUAGAGCAAUAGAUUGAAUGCCUUCAUACAAACUGUAAAGGCUGCUGAUAUUAAGAAGAUACCGCAUGAAGACCACUUACUGUGGUUUACAUCACUCUCUUUGCAGCCAAAAGACACACAAUGAUUUUCUGUGGUUUUAACAAAAUGAGCUAUUGUUUCCUUCGGUGGUUGACAGCACUGUCCUCCUUUUUGGUUUCACAUGUUGUAUUCACGCUGUACUUUGCAUGUCAGUUCAAACAUUCCCAGUUUUUACAUGAAGUAGCUGUAGAAACACAUCCCUUUGGUGACACCUGUUUGAUCUUUUUGUUCGGUCUCUUUCAGUGCCCAUUUCAAAUACUGACCUUUGCCUUCAAUUUACAGCUAACAGUCACACUGGGCACCCUGCCUUCACAGUAAUGCUCCUAAUUCAUAUGUGUCCUUAAGGGGUUGCUUAAUUGUGUUCUGUAGUUUCUCUCCUUUAAAAAAAAAAAAAAAAAAAAAAAAAAUGAAACCAUUAUACUGUACCAUAUCAAAUAAUCUAAUCAAAAUGAAUGAAGUGUACAUUAUCAUUAACGCUGUAUGCAAGGCCCUACUUAAUCUUAUGGAAAGAGGUCAUCAGUAGCAUUCACAAAAUUAAUGGGAACUGUGAGGAGAGCAGAUAUUUGCUAUUCAAACAAUGGCAAAAAAGGAAAACCAGAGUGAAUUGGGACAUGGAACCAAAGAUGCAUAUUAGUCACUAUUUUCAGCUUUUAUUGUUGAUACUCCUCCAUAAGAUUAACCAGUGGCCAUUUUUCUGUCCCACCCGUGCAUGGUGCCCUUGCGUUCUAAACGUCAGACCUGCAUAUGAACUCUUGUUUUUCGGUAACACCCUCUUAAGAUGGUAGAAAUGCCUUACUCCACUCAACCAUAUCCGUGGGUUUCAUGAGUCAGAGGAGAACAAUUACCAUAACUGUGUAUAGUGGAUUAUGGUAAAUGCUCUCAACUGGUCGGUAUACAAAUGCAAUGCAAUUAGGGUUUCACUUUAAAUUAGCUCUGUAAGGGAAUAACCACAAGACCAUAUUGGUGUACAGUUAACUUGAUGCACAAUUUGAUUUGCUAUCAAAAUGAUGCUACACAUCACUUCUGGAUUUACUUUUGAUCAUAUUGAAGCUUUUAUUGUUUUUAUUUUUCCUUGAGUUUUACUUUUUAUUUUUUUGUGAGUGGGUGGGUGCGCCUGAGGGUCUGUUGCCCAAGUGGAUGAAGCACAAUUUAUUGACAGCCAGGAGCAGUACCGCCACAUGUUGAAAUAAGCACUUUUCCUUGGACACUUGUAUCAAUUCCCUGUUGCUACAGUUUAAGAUACAGAAUGCAUAUUUUUCUUUUUGCCUUGCCUUUUUAGAACAUUUAGUAAUGAACCUAAAAGUUAAUCUACACAGUAAAACUGCAUUAUUUAUCUGCAUUUGCUGCUUAAGUUAUGGAAGGUGCUCCUGGUGGUUAACUAUGGAAUAACCGCUUUCCACCGGUGAUUUUGUAAGCUGAUUGAAUCCUUUUGAAAUCAUUGUCAUAACACCGUUGCUAGGGAUGUUUUAAAGACAUUGUUAAAUAGAUAAACCAAAUAAAUGUCUACUCAUUUUCAAGUUUUACCUUUUUGCCCAUGAAACUUCCCCUUGUUUAUGUUUACAUCCUAAUUAGGCAUGUUUUGUUUGUGUUGUCAAAUAUUUCUUUGCCCAUAGACACUUUCUGUUUAAAAUCAUUUUGAAAUGCCACCCUAACCUGACUGAUAUUUCAUAUAAUUAUAUAUCGUAUUUCAUUCAACAUGGCCACACUUGCUCAAUUUGUCAUUUAGCUGAGUGGAUUGAAGUGCUCUCAUGCUGCUUGGUUUCAUUCAUUCAUCAAAGUUGCAUUCGCUCUUUGUAACGGUUGGAUGUUGCUCCCAAUAUUGAAUAAUGGACAGUUGUUGUAACUUUUGUACUCCGUCAGUUGAAAGCAACUGCCUCCUCACCUCCUAACUGAAUUGCCUUCGACCACUAUUGACAGUCUACAUCUAUGUGAGACUAUGGGCUUCUGCUUCCAGUCCUUUUGUAUUCAGGAUAUCAAGACAUUGUAAGCACAUGGCUGGCUGCUUUUCUGUGUCCUGAAUUCAUUCAGAAGUUUGAUUGUAUGACUUUAACACAACUCUGUAGCCUUUAAGCUGCCCUGUGGAUUCUCGCUUCUUACGCCGACAAAGAUAAGGAAACUGUUUAUCAGACCCCUGGCUUCAAUAAAACCAA